AUGCACGAAAGCAUCCCAAACACCUUCAUCCCAUUCCUAGGAUAUCCUCCAGAAAUCAGCUACGGAGUUCCAGACCCGACACACAUCCCAAUACGUUCCUCUCGCAUUGGUCCGCAGCAGUUGUUGAAGAACCUAGGGCACGUUGGAGUAGGGGACCCCCAGGCAGGGGGCGGGAGUAGAGGAGAGUUUGGCGGUCCAAGCUGCCUAAAAGAAAGGAAUUACCACCUAGAGGACCAGGAGGCAAGUUCAUACCCAAGCCUCUCUCAGGACACCGAAAACUCCAGUAGCACGUUCACAUCAACUGCUUCGUCGCCUCUCGACACGCUGGAGACUAACAAACGGCAACUUACGCCAGACGAAGAGGAACCGGAGAAUCGUGAAGUCUCGGAUCAAGAAGUUAAUGAGGAUUUAAGAGAAGAUGAUGAAGAGUCGUUACCUGACGCACCAAAAGCAAACACCAUACUCCUCCCAGCCUUCCAGUGGGACACAGAUGUCCACCGUCUAUCCCUAGAGAACCAAGCACUCGAGCUGUUCCAUCAUCAGCUAACUCUCCACCCUUGUUCCAUGGACGCGACGACGAAAACUCAGCUAACUUCAUACAAAGUCUUGAAGUGUACAUCGCUGUCAACCAUAUCUCAGGAUGAAGUGAUAAUGAUCCUGCUGCUGGGCACGUUCAUAUCAGCAGGCUCAGACGCAGAUGUAUGGUGGACGGGCCUAGGAGCAGCACACAAAGCCACGUGGGUGCAAGCCAAAGUAGCAUUCUUGACGAAGUGGCCGGCGAUAGUUGUCGCAGGGAAGACACAGAGGGAGUAUCAGAAAGACUUGCUAGAGCUGCGAUUCAAGGAAGAAGAAGUCGGAGAACGAGUCACUGGUAGCAGGGAUCACAACAUGGGCGCAUAUCUAGUUCUACAACAAGCUAAAAUGCUUGUGAAGGACACAGGAGUAGAAAAUGUACCCAUUCUAAUCCAACCAGUCGACUGGGACGCCUUCCUAAACAAAAUCAAGAACAUCAAUAUCAAUACCCUACAAGAGAAAGCAAAGAGAGUCAAGGAGAGGAAGGAGAUGGAGAGAGCUCAGAAUGCAUGCAUCAUGCGGUUGGAAAGUCGACAAGAUCCUAUCGAGGUGUUAUGCCUACAGAUGCAGCAGACAACGAUUGGAUCUAACACGUUGACCCCAAAAGCAGCAGUGCCUCCAAGGACCAUGGGGAACACACCUCCCAGUGCCAUGACGCUGCAAAGAGCAGUACAUUACAUGGCAGCUAACCAAUCGACAACCAAUCAGUACCCUAGAGGACAACCUCCCAUGCAAGAAGAGAAGGGCGCACUACGCACCUACGUCAAUGAGCUACAACACCACAUAGACACGGAUACGGGGCAUACGGCAUAUGGGGAACAGUUAAGGCAGUGGACGGCAAAGUGGGGAGAAGGAGCAAGGUGCACAGAGAAAACACCAUUCCCACUAACCCCAGGAACAGCACAAAUAUGCUCUGGUGAAUGCUUUAGAUGUGGGGUGCAUGGAUACAUCAGACCAAGAUGCCCUAUCCCAACAGACGCUCAACUCCCGAAGAAUGAAAGCAUAUGGCGCAGCAACUGCACAUGA